CAGGCAGCCUGGCAAUUUGCUGCUCUCUGUGCUACACACUCAGACUUGUGGAAAAGUCUGUGAAGAAUGGAAAUGACUUUGGUUAGUUUGCGCUCAAGAAAACUCCCUGUCAUGUGGAUGUACUGCAGUCAACUUCUGUUGUUGAUGCUCUAAACAUGGCACAUCUCUCAGCACUGAGCCCAGGGAGGCUGCCUGGAGAGGAUUAUCAGGACCAAAAAUGAAAAAACGUUCUGCCUUAUAGAGGACAAACAUCGACAAAGAUGAACCCAGAAUCUUUGGACUCGUCCAUCCAGAGUGCCCUCUCUGCCCUCUUCCCGCCUUUCGAGGCCACAGCGCCAAUCGUCCUCAGCCAGCUGUUUCGCACCAUUGAGGAACGUUAUCACGGUGAUGCGUUGCACUGUCUGCUGGACUUCCUGAUCCCGUCCAAGCACCUGCUGGAGAGUGUUCAACAGGCAGCAUGUGCUGGAUACUCUGAUGUGGUUUUCCGCUGUGAGGGCUGGCCUCUGUGUCUCCAUGAUAAAACCGUCAUCCAGUUAGCACCUGUGAACCCUUUGCUGCUGCGUCCCGGAGACUUCUAUCUACAGGUGGAACCUUUCGCGGAUCAAGCAGCUCGCAUUGUCCUCAAAAGUCUUCUGGAGGAGGGUUGUCGGGAAGUGGAGGAGACCCCCAUCCCUGAGACUUCCUACCCCUGCAUCUUCACAGAGGAAUGGCUGCAGGACAUCAAUGACGGACGCCAUGGCACUCCUCUGUCACGUUGCUUGCUUUGCACAGAUCAAGGAGUAAUCAAGUUGCCCUGGGCUGAAAUCGCCAUCCCAGAGUUUUUGGACAAGCCUAAGAUCAUGCCCAUAUAUCGGGAAGCUCCUCCUGAACCAAAACUGAUUUCGGUUCCCUCCCAUUUUAACUCUGCCACCCUCCCAAUGGAAGCCAUUUUUAGUCCUGCAAAAGACAGGAUGCCAUCAUCUUUGAGACCUGUGGAUUCAAAACUUGUCAAAAUGGAUCAUGAGAGACGAACUCCCAAAUCAUGCUCCAGACCUUUCCUUAAACCAGUGGGUUGGGUUUCUCCAAACACCUGGGAUAGCCGUAACUAUCGAGAGAUUGAGGGUGAUUACGUAGACCUGGUGGAUAUCGCCAAAGGGGGGAAGGAGUUUAUGGGUAAACAGAGAGCCAGCCAUCCAAAUCCACCCAAUUUAGCUCUGUUAAAACCUGUCAGACCACCGCCACCUGUGCCGCUUGGGAAUAGUUUUCCCUGUGGACGCACCCUACAGUAUCCAGAGGAGCCUUGCACACCAUGCAGCCAGAGAAGGCUGGGGCAUGAGCCCAGUGAUCAAGACUUGAAGUGUAGGUACAGAGACUCGUAUGUGGCAGCUCUGAGAAACCCAGUCGCUUUCGAGAGGAUGAGUGUAGACCUCCUGGCUGCUCUGGAGGAAGUCGGCCUUUGUGAAGAGGAAGAGUUAAGAUCCAAGGGUGCAUUUGAAACUCAGAGUAACCAACUUGGAAACUUUUGUAACCACUGUAAUAAACCUGUGAUAAGUAACGAGCUCUGCCAAUACAGACAUUGCUGUGAGCCAACACCAUCUCACCUGAAAGACCUUCCUACCAAUUCUGAAUCAGAAAACCUCAUGAAGGAGCCCCCCAUGAUUCUGAAAUCAACCCCUGGUUUGAGCCAUAGUCACAAAGUUCAGAUGAAACUUAUUUCCCAACAACCAGGUCAUGAAGCUAGUCUGCAUCCAGGAUCAGAUGGUGACUUUAAACCCCAUCAGAGGGUGGAGGUUGUGAAGCCCUCAGGAAAACACAAAGUAAAGGUUAGGUCUCUGUCCACUGUGUCAGAAACUUCUAAAGGGAAUCCACCUCUCUAUAAACUGAACACCAGGAGCCACAGUGAUAUCUGCCCUGAAACAAUCACCAGCAUAAUGCAAUGUAAGAAAGGGGAGCUGUUGGACCAGGUGACCCUGAAGCUGGAAAGACUGAAGUCCCUGAAAAAAGACUCCCAGUCUUUUAGGAGUGAAACUCCCUCCACCACAGAUGGACAAGACUCCAAACUCCAUAACUCAAAGACAGAGAUGCCAUCUUCUGCACAAGCUCAACUUCCUUCUGCAAGUUCUGACGCUCCCGAACGUCCACAGACCAAAAAAUCAAGUUUCAGAGACAUCGGUGGUCUGCUUGAAUUGGGCAUUAUUUGUUUGCCAGGCAGCAGGGACAGGACAGGCAGGGCAGUGGUGGAGGUCCAUUGUGGCAAAAAAGAGUGGAUAUCCCCUCUUGUGUCAGCCCAGAAUGUCUGUGAAUUACUGCUCUACUUACACUCCAUACCAAGGAAAGAAGUGCGAGAGCUCGGAAUGACUUUGGUCAUCAAUGCCAGGAAGAAGCCUCCUUCACUUCACCUUUACAAAGCUCUGCUGAUGGCCCAGGAGCAAGCUCUCCAUGCCGUCCACAGUAUUGUGAUGCUGGUGGAUAAAGACACUUGUCCUCGACCUGAAAAGCAGCCUGGGUUACAGAUGGACAUGGUGACUUCUAUGAAAGCUCUUAACAAGACAGUUGAAGCAUCACAGCUGACCUCUGACCUGGGAGGGACGUUUACUUACAGUCAUAAUGACUGGCUGCAGUUCCAUCAGCGACUGGUUUCCUUCAUGACUGACCUGCGAGGGGCAGACAGCUUGUUGCAGAAGGCCAUCAAGAAAGUGGAUGGCAGCAAAAACAUGGACACCGCUCAGGAAGUGCAGCUUUGCAUUCAGGAGCAGAGGGCCUCAAUGAAAGAAGUGCUGGAGGACACUCGACUGGUGACUCUGCAGAGAGAAGGAGGAGCAGUGUUGGCCAGAAUGAGACGGGAAGAGUUCAGAUUCCCACAGUCUGAGGACUACAGAGAUGCUCUGGAGUCUGUGACAAGUCUGUAUAACCAGGUGGAGGAGAAGCUCCACACUCUGGUGAUGAGAUCAAAUGAGUCACUGCAGCAGCUGGAGUCCCUCUUCAGGCUCAGAGAGACAGAGUCCAAAAUUAGCACGGCUGGGAUGUGGUUCAAUGCAGAAGGCGAACAGAGACUGAAGGACUCUUACACAACAGAUGAAACCCUGGUGUGCACUGAAAAGGCCUUGGAGGACUUUAAUGUGUUCCUCACUCAGUCUAAGGAAAAACAACAGUACGCCUUGACCCUGGUGAAGGAGGCCGAGGGAGUGGUGGUCACAAGUGAUUCGAGUCCUGCAACAGAAGUUUUUCGGACUUUGGUCAGCACUUUCAAAUCCAAUAUGGAUGAGUUUAUGUUGCGGAUGGAAAAGAGACACAAAGAACUGGACACACUGGUGUAUGUGCACCGCUUCUGUCAACAGGCGUCUGCCCUGGCCAAAGAAUGCAGUCAUUUUUUGGAGCAGGUAGAGCAGGGGUGUUACUCAGCUCAGACCCUUAACACACUCCAGAUGCAUGAAGAGAGAUUAGGUGGCGAAUUCUCCACCCAGCACUUCCAGGCUCUGAAAGCUAAGGCCUGCGCUGUGGGCUCAGGGGCCUCUGGGCUGCUGAAAGUGUGGAAUGCAGCCUGGGUCCAGUGCCAAGAAGUUAGACAGCGUCUUCAGGAGAAGAUGCAAAAGAAGGAGCAAAGCGUAGAUAAGAACCAGAUCCAGCAGACCACAGCUGCAAAGCCUCCAGGGGAAGAUGGAGGAAAGGAGAAGGAGGAGAGGGAGAGGGAGGAGAAAAGAAGUGAAGUGGGGGAGGAUGAAUCCUCCCUGACCCUGCAGCCGACCUCUCAGAAAGAGGUAGUCAAUAUCACAGAAAGUGAAGGAGAAAGCGCCACUGCUGCAUGUUUCAACAACCAUUUAAAACCUGGUUUGAAAGUGGGCGAGAAAGAAGAAUCACAAGCAGAGAAAUCACCUGAAGCAGCAGGUCAAAAUGAAAAAAUGACUCUUUUUUCCACACAAAACAUUGACUGUCAUCCAGACACCAAACAGAGGCCAAGAGAGCACCACAGUGAGGCAGAUCUGAGGAGCACAAACUCAGUAGAAGGGGGUGAUGAUUUUCCAUUGCACCAACCUUUGGGUCGGUCUCUGAGCGAGGGCUCAUGUGUCAGGUCAUAUCUGACGAACAUCUCUGGCUUUCCACCUUUGAAUGUAAGACACAAACACUGUCAGAGUAAAACACAGCCACUGGAACAAAAUCUGCAGCUCGUCCAACAUCUGCCCAUUUCCCAUAACGACAGUUUAAGCUGUGAGCCAAAAAGAGACAGCGAUGAAGAGGAGGGUGGAGGAUGCACAAUAUCCACCCAAAGCCCUGAAGAUUUAGGGACCCCAGAGACAUUACUCACAACAGCAGAAAACAAUGGCAGCAAUGUUUUGAAACUGCGGAGGAUCAUGGAGGAGCUUCUGAGCACAGAGAGGGAGUACGUGAAGGCUCUGGGUUACGUCCGAGAGCACUACUUCCCAGAGCUGGAGAGGCCCGAUGUGCCUCAGGACCUCAGGGGUCAGAGGGGGAGCAUCUUCGGCAACUUAGAAAAACUCCACGACUUCCACCGGCAUCAUUUCCUGAAUGAGCUGGAGAGCUGCGAGAACGAACCCUUCAGAGUGGGACGCUGCUUCCUACGACAUAGAGAGAACUUUGCUUUGUACGCCCUUUACAGCAAGAACAAACCACAGUCUGAUAGUCUCCUCAUCAAUCAUGGGCAGGCUUUCUUCAAGCAAAAGCAGCUGAAGCUGGGGGAUAAGAUGGACCUGUGGUCGUACCUGCUGAAGCCCGUGCAGCGGAUCAGCAAGUACAGCCUGCUGCUGCAGGACAUGAUGAGGGAGUGCGGGCCGGGACAAACCAGAGAGAUGGCCGAGGUCAAGGCCGCCCUGGAGGUCAUCCACUUCCAGCUUCGCCAUGGCAACAACCUGCUGGCCAUGGAUGCCAUCCACCACUGUGAUGUUAAUCUGAAGGAGCAGGGGCAACUGAUACGGCAGGAUGAGUUCUUGGUGACAUUCAGGAAGAAAAAAUGUUUACGACACAUUUUCCUCUUUCAAGAGCUCAUUCUCUUCAGCAAAACCAGGAAGACUGACGUAGGAAACGAAACGUAUAUCUACAAACAGUCAUUCAAGACGUCAGAUGUUGGCAUGACCCAGAACUUUGGCGACAGCGGCCUGUGCUUUGAGAUCUGGUUCAGGAAGAGGAAAACCCAGGACACGUACACACUUCAAGCAGUCAGCAGGGAGGUGAAGGAAGCCUGGACCAAAGACCUGGAGCGGAUUCUGUGGGAGCAGGCAGUACACAACAGAGAGGUCCGUAUGCAGGAGAGAGUGUUUAUGGGUAUUGGGAACAAGCCUUUCAUGGACAUCCAGCCCAGUGAAGCAGCUAUCAAUGACAGAGCCGUCAACUAUGUACUGAUGGGGAGAGAAAACAGGAUGAUGUCGUCACAAAGUUCAAAGGACGGGCUUCCCGAGGGUCGGCCAAAAUCUGUUGGUUCAAGAAGCAGUUCGUCUUCCUCCUCUUCUUCUGGAAGAGGGUCCAUGUCCCCCGUGGGAUACCUAUGUGGGCCAAAGCAGAGGGUGAUUGCAGGGGGGCUUGGAGGAUACAUAUCUCCUCCUGGAGCUCUGGAGGAGGACGACCUGGACCAUGAGAGUGGGAGUCACAACUUAUUGUUGGACAGCUCCGAGUCGUCAGGAGAGAGUGUGAGUGGCUUCAGCAGCUCAGGUCACAGCUACCACUCUGCUAUCGGAGGAGAGGUGGAGGACACUUCCUCGGUCUCUGCCUCCAUGAACAGUGUUAAGGAGGUAGCAGUUGUUCCCGGGACUGAAGCCUCUGCAGUCUUCCACAAGCCAAAUGCUCUGGCAGGAUCCCCAGAGAAAACCCAGCCACCAGUUGCACCCAAGCCCAAAACCAAACCACUAUACCAGACCAAGGAUCUGCCCUGUGGCAAGGUUGAGAACACUGUUGUUGGAAAAUCCACUGAGGUUUGACCUGUGAUACAUUACAUGUUUUGGAGGCAAGAACACCGGAGAGCCACCUGUUGGUGUCAGCGUGAAGAUGAAACUAUUUAAACAGAUAUCCUUUUAUACCAGCUGUUACUGUAAUCUAUUACCACUCUGUAAAUAUAUGUGCUUUUUUUAAUCUCACCACUAAAACACAACCAAGAAAUGUCUGUAAAUGUACUGUACUUAGUAAAUGGUGAUACAUUAUGAAAUGUGUAACUGACAUGGCUUUGCAUAGUGCACUGUAAACCAUUCUAGUUUCAUAGCUCAUGGAGAGGAUCAUAGAGUUGUUGCAGUCUUUGAGUUGAGUUAGUGCUUACCUGCUAUUCAUAACAUAACGCUAACAAUAGUCAAGCAUGCACCAUCAAGAUCCCAGAGAAGUUUGAUCAUAUCUCAUGGAGGUCUAUAAAACAUUGUGCCACGAAGACAGUAAAAAACAUAAUGCCUUUUAUUUCCCAAGUGUAUUGCCUUGUGUACAGAUUUAUCAAGCGUAAUUACAACAUGCAGUAUGUGCCUUGCUAAUAUCCCCCAAAAUAAAACACAAUCACUCUGUCCUUUCUUUUGAUUAACCAUUUUGUAUAAACUAAUAUGUUACUGGAAUGGAGAUAUGUAACACUUGUAUGGCUUUCUAAUGAAAUACAGAAGAUUUGCAGUGAU